CUGCGGCCGCCAGUACUCUACGGCGCAUCACACUCGCUGAACGCCUGGCGUCGUCGCGCGCCUCAUUCUUCAAUAUAUACGUAUAUCCGAAUACACACGUACACUCGCAUAUACGUAUAUAGUCGUCUCGAGUCGAGUACAGUAUACACAUAGCGUAUAUCGCAGAAAAGACCGGGAAGUUAAUAUACACAGGUCGGUGUGACCCUCGCGUACGUAACAGUAUACGUUAUAGUGAAGAAGAGGAGAGAGAGAGAGAGAGAGAGUAAUCCGUUGCAGUGUUAUUGGCCCUGAUUGAUUUCUCCGUCGGCCUGCAACUCGUUCGUUUUUUUUUUCCUCCGAGAGUGCGAUUGUACAGUCAGUGCGUGCGCGACAGAGCAACGACAGCAAUUCGUUCGUACAGCAACAGUAGGAAAGCAACAGCAGCAGCAGCAGCCAUGGCAGAGAGCAAGGGAGCACUCAUCGCCAAGACCGUGCAGAAGCACGCGGGCAGAGCCAAGGAGAAGUUUCUACAGAACCUGGGCAAGGUGGACCGGACGGCCGACGACAUAUUCGACGAGCACCUGCAGAACUUCACGCGACAGCAGAACGCCGCCAACAGACUGCAAAAGGAGUUCAACAACUACAUCAGGUGUGUCCGAGCCGUGCAGCUGGCCUCCAAGUCGCUGAUGGACUCGCUGAACGAGAUCUACGAAAGCCAGUGGUCGGGCCACGACAUGCUCUACGUCCAGGCACAGAACCUCGAUAUGCUCUGGCAGGAUUUCGCACACAAGCUCGCCGACCAGGUCCUCGUCCCGUUGAACACGUAUCAGAGCCAGUUUCCGGAAAUGCGGAAAAAGAUCGACAAGCGCGGCCGUAAGCUCGUGGACUUCGACAGCCAGAGGCACAACUUCCAGUCGCUGCAGUGCAACCCGAAGAAGAGGGACGAGCUGAAGGUGUCGAGGGGCAAGGAGCUCUUGGAGGAGGCCAAGCGCACCUACGAGCAACUCAACUCGGAGCUGCACGACGAGCUGCCGGCCCUCUACGACUCGCGCGUGCUAUUUCUCGUCACCAAUCUGCAGACGCUAUUCGCGGCCGAGCAAGUGUUCCAUACCGAAAGUGCCAAGGUUUUCUCGGAACUCGAGGCGAUAGUCGACAAACUGGCCAACGACAGCCAGCGAGGCUCGUACACGCUCAAGAAGAACUCGUCGCCUCAGUCGCCGAAAUCGCCAAACGCCAACUCCUCGCUCAUCAUCAACACGCAACCACCUCAGAACAACGUCUCGGCAGCCCUGGACGACUCGACGGCCGCGUCACACGAGGACGUCGCCUCGACGAUCGCGCCGGCUGCACAGCUCAACGGCAAUGCUAACAACACCAGUGCUAACAACAGCAAUGAUAACUCGAGCUCGCUCAAUAACCAGGAGGCCUCGUCGCCGAAGAGCGCCAAGGCACCCGCUAGCAAGCGCGGCGUCGAGGAGCUCUACGACAUUCCCGUCGACGUGGAAUAUGAAAAUGGUAUCCAUUUAUCUGCAGGGGCGACAACUGACAAUCUGCCACCGGGCGUCUUGUACAGGGUUAAGGCCACCUACAAGUACAAUCGCGAAGACGUGGACGAGCUGUCGUUCGAAGUCGGCGAAAUCAUUCGCGUUGUCGAGUACGACGAUCCGGAAGAACAGGAGGAGGGCUGGUUGAUGGGAAUAAAGGAGGGAACGAAUGAGAAGGGCAUGUUCCCGGCAAACUUUACGAAGCCACUGUGAGCAGCCGCGUGCGCCAACCCCGAAUCGCCACGUUACACACUCCAUUGCUCGCGGAGAAAGGAAAAAGGUGCCGAGCACGCUGCGUCGGGUAGCUCCUAGACGCGCGAGCUGGACGCAAAACAGAGACAGAAAGAGAGCGAGCAGAGCCCGAAAGGAAAAGAGAACGACGGCGCAGUCACUCUCGUUCUUUUUUCACUUUUUUUCCCGCGCGGCCUUUUCCGCGAUCUCCGCGUGUACCGAAACACCGAGAGGGGCGAGCCAACGAUUACAGCUACACGCAUGCACGUGCGACAACGAUAUGGUAUGACGACUACGAAGAACGUAGAGAACGAGCUGGAGAUGCGAUACACGCACGCUGCUGAAGGGUGCUGCGGAAAGGGAAAGCGAUCGGUUUCGAAGUGCCUUAAGCCAGCCACUGUCUGUGCCAAUACCGACGACAUUUGCUGCUGCUGUUGUCUUUCUCGCAGGAUGCGCCGCAACGACGUCGUCACUAAAAUCCUUUUUCUUAUUCUAACUUUCUCACUUUAAUUUCUCUCAGUCUCCGACUGCUCCCUUCCUUUAACCUUCUUUCUCGCGCAUGGCCGUGCUCGCACCGAGAAAAGAGUCGAGCUUGCGACGAAGUUGAUUUUGUAAAGAUUCUGAUGAGAGUUUGUUGUUGAUUGCGACGAUGUUUAUUGGCACGGUUCGAUUUUCUCUCGGUGUAGCUGCGGAAUUUUUUAUCGUUACGUCAUACAGUGGAUUAUCGGAAGCUUUCGUCGAAUCUGAAGGUGUAAUAUAUUUAUACGAUGAAAUUGUGAAUUUUUUUACGACUAUCGAAACCUGUACAAUAUCGACGAGAUUGUGGACGCGAUUGCUAUUUGUGCUGCAAUCCUAAGUCACUUGUAAAUUUAUCUUCGACAACGAUCGAGUAAUCUAGUAAAUUUAUUGCAAAUUCGCGUCGGACGAGAUUUUCCGAUACUUCGUUAAGAGUUCUGCUAUGUAACAGUGUGUACAUCGAGCGAGCUAUUCUCGCGCGUCGCCAAUCAAACGAUGUAUUUCAUGAGAAUUUCAAAAGAAUAAUGCGCGCGAGCCAACAACACUAAACUGCUACGUAAUUAAGCUACGGGCGAUAUAACUACUAUAUGAAAGUCUAUAAUAAUAAAUUAAUAUUAUUUUAUGAAUUUGUACAUAGAGACUAUACUUGUAAAUCGUAAGACUAUUUUAUUGAAGCGAAUCGUCCAUCAGCGUUUUCGAAAAGCAAUUUCGUUAUUUCGUCUCCUUAUCUCAUUAUGUUUUGUUAAUGGACGAGUCGCUGCGUGAAUUUUUUAGAGAUGUAUUUUAAAAGCAAGAAAUAUACUUUGACGCCGUCUCGCAUGAAGCGGUUCACCAAAUCAGUAAGGUCCUAGUAUUCAUCAAACAAUUACUCAUUGAAAUGACGCGUCUUCUCAUCAUUAGAAGGUUAAAAUGUGCGGCGUGGACGGAUGAAAUAUAAUAUAUUAUAAAAAUGAAAUUACGAAUUUAUAGAAUUUACGCAAAUCUAUUGUUGCGGAUCACGUCAUCCAUGAAAUUUUAUACGAUGUAUUCCGCGGAGUAUAAAUCCGAUUAAUCAUCGUGAAAUGAAUAAGUUUGAUUAAUCUUUGUUUCUUUUCUACAAAUCGCGUAGAAAGUAUAUAUACUUAUAUGGCAGCUGCUAAUCGUCGGACGCUACGGUGCGACUAUUGCAUCGCAGCGAACGAAUUGACUAAAACCAUUUUGUCCUUACAAAUUUAUACAUUAUAACAAUAAUAUUAAUAUUAAUAAUAAUAAUGAUAAUAAUAAUACUUUAUGAAAAACUCUUGAGUAUUGUAUCAAACCCUUUGUAGUAAAUAUUACGACAAUAUAAACUUGAAAGAGAGCAAACAAUAAAGCGAGUCAAUGAACGUCAUGAACGAGUUCGCACGUAUGUUUUUAUUCCGUUAUAUGAUUUAAGAAACGACAGUUUAUAGUCAAGAUGGAUUGUUCUUUUAUACAAAUUGUCAAAUGUUUAAGUUGAAGGAUCGACCCAUCGUUACGCCAAUUAAAGAGCUCAUGAAAAUCGAAAGAGGCUAAGUUCAUGAAAUAUCUUCGAUGUUGGUUACAUUGUUCAGCGUUCUCCUCGAAAGUGCAGCGGUCUACGAAGACUGUAGCGCAGGGCUCGAAAGACGAACGUUUUUUUACUUUACUAUGAGAUUUUAUAAGAUUUUAUAUGUACACGCGUUUUGUAAUGGAGAAGGUAUUUUGAAAAAAGAAGCGAAAUCAGCAUUCCGUCGACCGCUGACUCUAUCGAGGAGACGCUGCUCACGUAGUCCCCGAUCGUAAGCUUUUUACCUGCACUUAUUAAUAUGUACUCGUUUGAGAAAAAACGAAACGAAAAUGAGAGAUUAUUAGCGACGAAGCGAAACAGACGGAGACGUCGGUGUAACUGUGGAAUCGAUCGUUGUUAUAUCGUUUGUCAUAUUUAUGUCGUGUUGUCUAAUUUUACUGUAGCCAUAACUGCAAAUAUGUAACCUUAAAAGUAUAAUUAUAAUGAAUGAAACAUUAAGUAAUAAUUAAAGUACAAUAAACUAGCAUGUGUCUGCUAUGCGA